AUGACUAGUCCUGACCAAGUUGCAGCUCAGAUACUGAGCACCAAAUCCCUCUCGGUCUCCCAAACCUGGCUCAAUGCCUUCCUAUCAUCAUCCAGCACAUCACAACGCAAUAUUCCCGCCUCAGCUCUCGCACAGACGGCUAUAUUCCGUCUUCUGGCCUCUGAUAUCAAAGAAUCACUCUCAAAACACAGAUCAUGUGUACUGCCUGUGAACAUUCAUGACCCGACAGUUCAAGAACGACGGCUGCAAGGCUCAAUCCCUGUGCAAGUGCUAGACAUCGAAGACAUCGGCACGAGUCUAUGGAGCCAAAUUGAAGCUAUUGAACGCGUUGAGCGUGGCGAAGCUAUCCGCGGCCGUGAAAUUGUGCGCACAAUAGCUGUAGGCGAGGAUUCGGAGACGUCGGAGAAUACCCGCUCAAAUAACAACUCAACGAGCGGUGGUGCGAGUGCGUCUGGGAAUAGUGGGUAUGGGCCGCACCGUCUGAUUCUUCAGGAUGCAGCGGGAACUAUGGCCGUGGGUGUUGAAAUCCAGCGUAUUGAUGGGAUAGCCUUGGAGAAACUUGCAAUUGGGGCGAAGCUCUUGCUUCGUAAUGCAUCUGUUGCGAGGGGUAUGGUGCUGCUUUCUCCGGCGUCUGUUACUCUACUCGGCGGCAAAAUUGAGGCUCUGGAUAAACCGUGGCGGGAGGGUAGGAAGGCUAGGUUGCUAGAGAGGACUGCAGGCGUUGAAGGUGAAUGA